GACUUGCCCUCCCCUCGCUGCCUAAGUCCGCCUUCAGCCAACCGGCACCGCUCCUCGCAAAAACACGGCUUCCCUUCAGCUCCGCGGCAGGGGCUUCCCCUCAGCCUCCUCCGCCGCCGCCGGCCGAGCCCCGCCGCGCCCGCGGCCCGCGGCCGCCAUGCAGUUUAUGUUGCUUUUUAGUCGUCAGGGAAAGCUCCGACUGCAGAAAUGGUAUGUCCCACUAUCAGACAAAGAGAAGAAAAAGAUCACAAGAGAACUUGUUCAAACCGUUUUAGCACGGAAACCUAAAAUGUGCAGCUUUCUUGAGUGGAGAGAUCUGAAGAUUGUUUACAAAAGAUAUGCUAGCCUGUAUUUUUGCUGUGCUAUUGAGGAUCAGGACAAUGAACUAAUUACCCUGGAAAUAAUUCAUCGUUAUGUGGAAUUACUUGACAAGUAUUUUGGCAGUGUGUGUGAACUUGAUAUCAUCUUUAAUUUUGAGAAGGCUUAUUUUAUUUUGGAUGAAUUUCUUUUGGGAGGGGAAGUUCAGGAAACAUCCAAGAAAAAUGUCCUUAAAGCCAUUGAGCAGGCUGAUCUACUGCAGGAGCCACGUCAUGAAUAUUUUAAUGUCCCUGUGUAUUAAAUGACUACUACUCAUCGUGUAUGCAGAAUUUCCCAGAGGAAAUAGAGAGCUGAUAUACUUAUGAAAGAAAAAUAUCCUCAGCUUGGUGACUGAUUAUCUUGUAUAAUAAUAAUAAUAGAACAUUUCAGAACCAAUACCUUUACAAUUAUAAUUUUUUUCCUGUUCUCAUUCCUCUUCUGCUUUAUUUUCAUUUUAUAUGUGAUCUUGAUAUAGUAUAUUCCUGCUCACAACUGGUGUAAGUUCUUCUUGAAAAAAUAUGAACUAUGAAUGUUCUAAUAUUUAAUCUUAAACACAUACAUGUCAUUAUAAACUAUCUGUGAUUAAUCUUGUAAGAGGAAAACCUAGCAAUCGUUAAAAUGCUUACCAAAGAAAAUACAGCUGAAAUGCUAGGCGGAAAUAAGCAGUAUCAUAAUAUAUAGUGUGCUUUGGUCAUCAAAUGUUGGGGAUUUGGCGGGAGAAACUAAUGUGCCUAUAGUAUAGUCUAUAUGAGCUUAUGUGUUCUAAUGUAUCACAUUAAAAGAAAAGGCUAUUUGGAAAUAGUACAAGAAAGUAAAAAUCUAUACUAUUGUAUUUAAGGUAAACCAUUCAGUUUUUAAGAAAUGUGUAAUGUCUUAUUUAUUGAAUCACACUUGUGCUAUAAUAAUAUUGAACAAUCCCUUUAAGAGCUGUGAGAAAGCCAAAUCAGAAGUCUCUUCAAUAUCUAUUGCUCAAUAGUAAAUAACCUUUUCAAAGUAUUAAUACUGAGUUUAUAUAGUUAAAAUUCCAGUAUUCAGUUUAAAUAGUAAUAUUUUACUUGUUAGGGUUUUAUAAGUUCUUCAUUUAAGUACAAGUAUUUGUUAACUAUUGUUUUUACAUUUGUGAAUAUUAAAAUGUUUAAUAUUGAUCAUUAUUGUAUAUGCUUUUAAUAAAACAUGCAACAUAUUUUAUUAUAAAAGGAAAGUGCCAAAUAAUUCAUAUCUAGAGAGUUCAAAGCCUGACUUGAGUAAGCUAUCAUAAAACAGUAAAUUCAAAAGAUGCUCAUACUGGUUCACCACUGAAAGAAAACCUUUGAAAAUUGUGUAUUAGGUCUUCAGAUCGGUUGUUUCCAUUCUUAAUCAUUCUUGCUGUACUGCAUUACAUUUGAAGCACCUAGAUGAGCUUUCAAAUGAGAAGUUUAGCAUCAUACAUUGAAAGCACUGGGAAACAGUAGUCCUUCAUUUCCAUUUUUUCCUUUAUCUUCCCCCCCUGCCUUGCAUUAUGUUGUUCAUCUGGUUUUAAUGCUGCAGGAAUGUGCAUUGUCUCAGGCCUGUUUGCUUUGGAUGCUGUGUGCUGAGCUAUAAUAAGAUGUUGCUUCUUUUAUCUGUAUACAGCUGCUUGCUUUAAAUUAGGAGAUUCUGAAAUAGCUUUCUUUGCAUGCCUAAAAUAAAAAUAUUGCAUGUACUUUGUCUCAUGUGAAUGACUUUUUUCUUCUCAAUCCCUUUUGACAGAUAAUGUAUUUUCUGUUUUAGUUUUUCCAGGUAAUCUUUUUAAGUGUGGUAAAAAACACAUAACAUUAAAUUGACCAUCUUAAUAACCAUUUUAAGUGUACAGUUCGGUGGCAUUAGGCAUAUUCACAUUAUUGUGCAACAGAUCUCCAGAAUUUUUUCAUCUUACAGAACUGAAACUCUAUACCCAUUAAACAACUUCCCAUACUGGUUCCUUCAGCCCUUGGUAACUACUGUUCUACUUUCUAUGACUUUGACUUAGAUCAUAGUUUGCUAGGUUAACUGAGCUAUAAUUUCAGUGUCAAUACGUGGAAGUUACACUUUAUAUUAUAAACACAAUUUGUAAAAAAAAAAAAAAAAGCACUGUUUGUACAAGCCUCAAAGAAAGUGUGUAAAUGAUUUCUUUGAAACUAGGCCUUUUAGAAAGGGCAAGUAUUUUAUAUAAUGCAUAUUUGAUAAGCAGCAUGGUUCUCUUCUAGAAAUGCUAUAGACGAUUGCAGGCAAUGAGUACAUAGGGGAAAUCUGACCAGCUCCAGGGAAUAGGAUGGGGGACACUUUUACAUGGAUAAGCUAAAAAUCUUAUCUGUACAGAAUUCAUUGUAGUCAUCCUUUAAUACACAAAAGGUUGUAUGAUGUUUUUAACAUUAAAUGUAAACAGUUAACUUGAAAAUUGUUUAAUAUGUAUGUGAUUCAGAUGUCAGUCUUUCAGUGCAUUUAGUGUUUAAGGCUAAACAUAAAGAUGGGCUUACUACUCUUGAGAGUGUUGCAUCAUUUCCAUUAGACUUUCUUUAAAAGCUAUAUCAUGAAAACAGACAUAUAAGGAAGAAUAUAAGGAACCGUCCCAUGCACAUCACUCGAUUUCAACAACCAUCACCUCAACACUUGUAACGCUGAUUUUCAUCAGUCAUCACCCCCACACCCAAUAUUUUAGAGCAAGCCCUAUCACCCUAUCUUCAUCUUCAGUAUUUUCAGUAUGUAUCCCUAAUAAGUACCACACACCCAAAAAGCUAUUUCUAAUGUCUUAUUCCUGGUUUAAUUUUUCCUAACUGUCUGAAAAGUGCAUUUCUAUAGUCAAUUUGUCAGAAUCAGAUUUCAAACAGGGUUUAGGUUAUAUCUGGCGAAUGUCUCUUAAGUCUCAAUCUUUAACAAUGUCCCAGCUUUUUUCCUCCUUGCCAUUUCUUUUUUUUAACUGAGUCACCUAUGCUGUAGAAUUUCCUCCAUUCUGUAUUUGGCUGAUUGUCAUCUCCCAUGGUUUGUAUUCUUAUCUUCCAUAUAUAAUUAGAUUUAUAGCCUGGUUAGGUUGAGGUUCUGUUCUUGGAGACAAGAACACUGCAUAGAAAAACAUCACCAAAGCUGAUUUUUACCCAGCUUUCAUGAAUACACAAACAUCCUAAAAGGUCAUCAUAUGAACUUCAUACACAUAGUUGGUUUAUAGCACUUCAGUACGAAAUACCAAAUAAUUUGAUUUCAGUUUUGUAAUGGUAAUCACCUGAGGCUUUUUGAGCACUGUCUAUAAAUCAGGCACGAAGUCGUAACCCUUAAUCUCUACAUAUGAAGGUAAGUGCUGAGCCAUGUUUUCCAAAUAAGGAAACUUAAGACCAUAAGUUUAAUUUUCUUAAGGUUAUUCCAUGUAGUGCUUUACGUGCAGUUAAAUCUAAUGUAUGGAUUUGUGGUUUAAUGCAACUUUUCUUUUCCUUGUUUUGUGC